AUGCUCACCUCCACACUACCUUGGAUUUUUGAUUUACUGGAAAAACGUGAGCAGAGUCAGAGAGGACAAUUUAAAACGUUUCAGCACCAUGCUGCUCUUCCUCGUGCAGGUGACACUGUCCAGCCAAGGAUUCAGCUGGCUGUCACCCACCUCAGUGAUAAAGUCAUACGGGUUGUUCCUGAGAGCGAGAGGGAAACACAGAUCCUGAGGGCUGCAUUCAACAGGCUUAAGGUGGACUUGUGGCAGCCCAGCAGCCCCUUCCACAUGGUCGCAGGCGCAGUGGCUGACGUGCGAGUGCCGCGGAACACGACGCGGAGCCUGCUGCCCUUCCUCCAGCAAGCAAACAUCCCCUACACGAUUCUCAUAUCAGACCUACAGCAAGCAAUAGAAAACCAAACUGGAGAGAGGUCCCACAGGAAUCGAAGGUCCCUCUCUGGGUAUAACUAUGAAGUGUACCACUCCCUGGAAGAGAUCGAGGACUGGAUGCAUUAUCUGAAUAGAACUUAUUCAGAUCUUGUUCACAUGUUCUCUGUUGGAAAAUCCUAUGAAGGGAGACCACUGUAUGUACUCAAGUUAGGUAAAAGAUCACGGCCCUACAAGAAAGCUGUCUGGAUAGACUGUGGGAUUCAUGCAAGAGAGUGGAUUGGCCCAGCCUUUUGCCAGUGGUUCGUGAAAGAAGCUCUUCAGACAUACCAGACUGAUCCUGACAUGAGAAAGAUGCUAACUCAGCUGUAUUUCUAUAUCAUGCCUGUAUUUAAUGUGGAUGGAUAUCAUUUCAGCUGGACAUAUGAUCGAUUUUGGAGGAAAACAAGAUCAAAGAACAUGAGGUUUCACUGUCAUGGUGUUGAUGCUAAUCGCAACUGGAAAGUGAAAUGGUGUGAUGAAGGUGCUUCAUUACACCCAUGUGAUGACACUUACUGUGGUCCUUUUCCCGAGUCUGAGCCUGAAGUAAAGGCUGUUGCUCAUUUUCUUCGCAAGCACCGGAAACAAAUAAAAGCGUAUUUGUCCUUCCAUGCAUAUGCACAGAUGCUGCUGUACCCUUAUUCCUACAAAUAUGCAACCAUUCCAAACUUCAACUGUGUGGAGUCAGCAGCCUAUAAUGCUGUUAAUGCUCUUCAGUCAGCCUAUGGUGUGAGAUACAGAUAUGGCCCUGCAUCCAGCACUUUGUAUGUAAGUUCUGGCAGCUCUAUGGACUGGGCUUACAAAAAUGGCAUCCCGUAUGCAUUUGCAUUCGAGCUGCGUGACACUGGCCAUUUUGGAUUUUUGCUUCCUGAAACACUGAUCAAACCAACCUGCACAGAAACCAUGCUUGCAGUUAAAAAUAUAACUCUUCACUUGCUGAAGAAAUGUCAUUAAGAUGGAUUUCUAGGAGCUGGAAGUAAAUGUUUUACUCCUAGCGCUGAUGCCUUUCAGUGUGUUCAGAUGCCAUCCUAAGUUUGGCCACUUCG